GACCUCUAUUUUUCGCGGCUUACAUUGAUAGUGAUACACUUGUUUGGCGUUUUUUACGCGUUAAAUUUCUUCUGUCUAAUUCAUUAGCCUUAAUUUAACUAACUUACAAGUAAAUACUGCUCAUAAAUCAUUCAAAUAUGUUAAGUGUACAAAUAAAUUAAGUUCAAGUGAUAAAAUUGUGUUAAAAACGAGAUUCCUUUAAAAAAUUUACCAAUAAUGAAUCAUUUACCGUGUAAACAAAAAUACAAUCUGUUGAAAUUUCACUGAGCAUUUGAAUAUCGUCACAUAUAAUAAUCAUAGAGACUAAGAGUCAAUAUAAACAGCAAUCAUGUCGUCGUCAGCUAAAUGUCGUAGCUGUGGAUCCAAUGAUAUCGAAACGGAUCCAUCUCGUGGAGACUCCGUAUGUACAGCAUGCGGUGUGGUUUACGAAGAUCAACUAAUUGUAAGCGAAACUUCAUUCGAAGAAACUUCAUCAGGUAACAUGAUGGUCGUGGGUCAAUUUGUAGCAAGUGAUUCAACAGGUUCAGCGUCGGGUUUUGGCGGUGGUUACCGGAUCAACAGCAAAGAGUCUCAUGAAAUAACAAUUCAAAAUGCACGCAAAGGAAUAACUCAUUUAUGUCAGCAACUACAUUUAAAACCAUACAACAUCGAAAUGUCGGUGAAUUUUUAUAAAAUGGCCUUAGCUAAAAAUUUAACCCGUGGUCGAAAACAAGCCCACAAUCACGCAGCAUGUGUUUACAUAACAUGCAGAACAGAAAGAACAUCACAUUUAUUAAUUGACAUUAGCGACGUACUUCAAAUAGAUGUUUAUGAACUAGGACGUACGUAUUUAAAAUUUAUUACUGCAUUUUCUUUGACAAUGCCUUCAAUGGACCCUUGUUUAUACAUAAUUCGUUAUGCAAGCAAACUAGAUUUUGGAGCUAAAACUCAUGAAGUAUCAACAACUGCAUCAAGAUUAGUUACUAGGAUGAAGCGUGACAGUAUUCAUAGUGGUAGAAGACCAUCAGGUUUGUGUGGAGCUGCUUUAUUGAUAGCAGCACGAUUGCAUGAGUUUAAUCGUACACCCAGUGAUAUUAUUAAAAUAGUUAAGGUACAUGAAUCAACACUACGCAAGCGAUUGAUUGAAUUCGGUGAUACUCCAUCAAGUGCGUUAACGCUAGAUGAAUUCAUGACUGUUGAUUUGGAAGAAGAGCAAGAUCCACCGGCGUUCAAAGCAACUCGGAAAAAAGACCGCGAACGUCUACAAAAGUUGGAGAAUAUCGAUGAAGAGUUUGACGAUCUGCAGAAUGAAAUUGAUAAACAACUCAGUCAGCACCAAAUGUUGAGGAAAAGACCGCGUGAAAUGAGUAAUACUGAAGAUAUCGAGACAAAUCGUUUUAUACAUGAAAAUACAGUGGAUGUUAUUCAGAAUUGUUUGGAAGAUAAUUCUGAUAAAACUGACCGAAAAUCAAAGAGCAGUAAUAUUGAGUUGGGACCGGAUAUAGCCUUGAUGGGAUUACCAUCUUCAUUUACCGAUUCACGCAAUGCUAAAGAAGUAAAUGAUAAAAUUGAUAAAUUCAAUAAUGGGUCUGAUGAGAUUGAUCUUAAUGGAUUGGAUGAUGAUGAGUUGGAUAGUUAUAUUUUGUCAGAAACAGAAGCUGGGAAGAAAACAGUUAUGUGGAAUUCUGUGAACGCUGAAUAUUUGGAAUUACAAAAAGAAAAAGAGGAAAAAAGACUAAAAGCUAUAGAAGAAGGAAAGCCGGAAAAGAAAAAACGAAGAACUGGAAACAAAAAAAAACAGUCUGUACCAGCUAAUACUACUGGCGAAGCUAUUGAAAAAAUAUUGCAAGAGAAGAGAAUAUCGUUGAAAAUUAAUUAUGAUGUUUUAGAAACAUUGAAAGUUAAUAAGAAUAAUACGUUGAGUAAUAGUAAAAAAGAUGCGGAUGGAGAAACUGCAAGAAAUAGGUUAGAUAGUGUAUCGGAAAAUGAAGAUACUGAUAAUGUUAAAUCAGUGGUGGAUACGAGAACUGACGAAGAACAUCACGAAGAAGCUGAAGCUGAAGCUGAUGCUGAAGAACAAGUUGAGGAUGAAGAAGAGAACGUAGGUUACGAUUACGAUGAUGAAUAUGAUGACGAUGAUGAUGAUGAUGAUGAACAUUUGUCUGCAAGGAAUAUUUUAAAACAAUACUCGAAAGAAGAUGAUUUUGAUGAUUAUGCGGAUGAUUAUGAAGGUGAAGAAUAUUAGAUUUUUUUUUCUCUACGUUGAAAAAAAUUUUUUCAAGUUUUCAACAAUCAUUUUUUAGCGUUAUUGCAAUAAUCAAUAUUAUUUCAUUGCUUGAAUAAUUGUCGAAUUAAACGUUUUUUAAGUGAAAAUCAAUUGU